AUGAAUGGCGUGAGACAGGGUUGGGCGAUAUCUCGGGCAGAGGGGAUAUCCAUCCAGCGAGAGAGAAGUGGAACAUCGUUGACAUUGGUUAGGCGGCCUGGCCAGAGGGCGCGUCAGAACGAGGCGGCAGAAACCGAGAGAGAAGUGUGGCGUCCUCCUUGCAUGGAGAAGGUCCACGAUCUGGCGUGGAACACUGGCGGUCUUCAAGCGAUGGAGGCGGGCGACGGAGAAGGCACCGAAACGGGCUUGCUGCAUGGAGCAGAAACCGGCGUCGGGCCCGCUCAAACAGGUGGAGAACCGGAGAGGCUUGUGAAGAGACGUUGGCUCCCGCUGAGAAGGCGAGAGGGAGAACCGCACAGGGCACCGACCGAGAGCUCGGGCAACGUCUGCGCCUGCAGAAAUGCGCGAGGCCAAUUUGAUGUUGGCCAUGCUCUUAUUGCUGAACCGGUGACCAGAGAGGACUUCUUACAAUAUUCCUGUCACUUCACUCUGGAUCCAAACACAGCACAUGAAGUCCUCCAUCUGUCUGAGGGGAACAGGAGGGUGGAGUGUAGACCUUGGGCCCCUCAGUCAUAUCCUGAUCAUCCAGAUCAUCCAGACAGAUUUGAUAGUUGGUGUCAGGUGCUGUGUAGAGAGGGUGUGUCUGCACGCUGCUACUGGGAGGUCGAGUGGAGUGGGUGGGUUGAUAUAACAGUGUCAUAUAAAAGCAUCAGCAGGAAAGGACUGGGUAGUGAGUGUAGGUUUGGAUGUAAUGAUCAGUCCUGGAUGCUGCUCCUCACCAGCUCCAGAUCCACUUUCUAUCACAAUAGGAAACAGACUGAACUCCCUCUAGUGGCCAGCUCCAGAAUAGGAGUGUAUGUGGAUCACAGGGCAGGAACUCUGGCCUUCUACAGCAUCUCUGGAGACACAAUGACCCUCCUGCACAGAGUCCACACCACAUUCACACACACACUCUACCCUGGGUUUGGGAUUGGGAUUGGAUCAUCAGUGGAUCAUCAGUGA